AUGUUGCACUUGAGCAGCAGCUCUCAGGACACCCCUUCUACUGAUGAGUACCAUGAUCUGCUCCAGCAUCACUUUCCACAUGCUAGAUAUUGGCUCAAUUUACUACUGACACAUCCAUUUGUCCAUGGGCCAGAUGGACUGCCUGAUAUUAGUGCCAGAAGUGGCAUACCUCCACUACCUUACUUGCCCUUGGACCCUGUGCUUUCCCAAACAAGCCAAAUUGUACAGCCAUAUCAGUCCUCUGCAUGGAUGGAUGGCCCUGUCCAGCCACCAUCUUUUGGGUCUGCAAGUGGUAAUGGACAGCCAGACAAUGGAGAAGACCUGAAUGUUCAGGUCACAGUCUCUGUUCUACUUGAUACUGGUGUUGUUGGGGGACCAAUUAGCCAUGUCCAACUCCAGUUCCCAGUGGACACAAGUUCUGAAGACUUUUUCUCUUGUAUCUGUGCAAAGAUGGACCUUGACCCUAACAAGGUGGAACUUGGGUAUAAGUACCAUGCAGACCAGGCAUGUGAUCCUCCACAUCAGCUCUCCAAUGCUGAUCAGCUUUUGAAGCAUGGCCAAGGAUGA